AUGGCAGACUGGUCGUUGCUUCCAAAAGACUUGCUGGAACUAAUCAGUGGUCGUUCUCAGACAUGUUUUGAGAUUGUUCACUUCCGCUCCGUCUGUAGCUCGUGGCGAUCAGCGAUACCUCGGCCGAGCUAUAGGCUCGGAUUAGGCCUUAACAGCCUUCUACCUGUUUUCAAUCACAAGCCUUGGUUCAAGCAGUGCAUACUAAAAAGGAUUGCAGUUUUCCUUUUCAGAUUCCAGACUCCUUUUGGUACUGAUUAUCUGUUGAUUGGAGUGAGCGAGGGAGAAUCAGGUGAACAGGUAUCGAUGUGCCCUUUUCAUGAUGGUAGUUGGAGAUAUAAAGAUGUGACAACUCUCAACACUCGUAGCUCUCAAAUCAUCUUCAUGGGCUUUUCCUACAAGGUUUUUUUUUCUUUCUUUCGUCCCUCUAGAUCACGAACUGAGAGUUAUACAAAUAGAGUUGCGUUUCUUCCUUUGGACGGUAAAGAAUUUGCAGUAGUGGCUGUAGUGUUGGGGGAUUUAAUGAUGUAUAGAAGCUGUGACAAGGGCUGGACUAAACUCGAGGGUAGGUUUACAGCAUAUCGAGAUAUGGUUUCAUUCAAAGGCAAAUUUUAUGUUGUUGAUAUGAGUGGGCAAGGGCAUGUUUUUGUUAUCGAACCCUCAUUUGAAAUUACUGAGAUCCAAGCAGUCACAUUGACUCGCGAGACUUAUGAUGAGAGACUGGUUGUGUCAGGUGAUGAGCUCUUCCUGGUGCAGAGAUUUACUCUAGGAAUGGAUUGUAAUGAAUAUGAGCAUUCAUGGUUUAGAUUGUUUAGGCUUGAAGAAGAUGGCCAGAGGAGAUGGGUUCGUAUUAAUGACAUAAAGGACCGAGUGGUAUUUCUUGGUUGUUACUGGAGUCUGUGCUGCUCGGCGAAAGAGCUUCCCGGUAUGAAAGGAAACUCCGUUGUGUUCAAAGAACCGAACAACUGCCGUGAGAGUAUCUUUGUGUUUGAUUUAAAAACCAUGAAGACCAGUAAUGCUUUUACUGAAUGCAGAGGCUAUAUGUUCGGCAAAAAUCGAGAGCCUUUGUUGUCCUGCGGAAUUCUGACGCACCGAAUCCAGCAGACAGUUCUACAUCAUGAGACUCAACCGGUUAACCAAAGUAAACCAAUGGUUUGGAGCAGGAAGAGGUGGUAUUAUAAUUGUUUCUAA